AUGAACCCUAAUCUAAUCUUUCUUAUCCUUCUCAUACCAAAACGAAGAACAUAUCUUAAAAAUUGUUCAUCAUCAUUGUAUACCAUCCUUCUAAUAAAAAACAAUCUCACCCCUAAACUCCUACCCGAACAGCAGCAGGCUAUCUUCAUCCUCUCCCUUCCUCGGAGCCGCGCUCCCUCUCCGUCGGUCUUCACGCAUAGCAGAGCCGCUUGUGGACAGAAAAGAAGGUUCCGGAUCCUCGAAACACCGCGUAGAUUGAACCAGAAAACUGUGAAUUCCCUUGGUGAUCUUGUACCCUUCACCAACAAGUUGUACACUGGAGACCUUCAAAAGCGCAUAGGCAUAACAGCAGGUAUCUGCAUUUUGAUCCAAAAUAAUGCAGAGAAAGGUGGUGAUCGUUAUGAAGCAAUAUACAGUUUCUACUUUGGUGACUAUGGACACAUUGCUGUUCAGGGUCCAUACUUGACCUAUGAAGACACAUACCUUGCUGUCACAGGUGGUUCUGGAAUCUUUGAAGGUGUUUCAGGCCAAGUCAAGCUUCAUCAAAUUGUGUACCCUUUUAAGAUCUUUGUACACUUUAAUUUCUAUCUUAAGGGUAUUAAGGAUUUGCCAAAGGAGCUUAUUGUUGAAACUAUUGAGCCUAACCCUUCUGUUCAGGCCUCUGAUGCUGCUAAGAAUCUUGAGCCACAUGCUACAGUUUCUCGUUUUACUGACUGAUAAACUUUAGGCUCUUAUUCUUAUUUUUUUUUAUGUUGUGGCUGGCGAUAGUUAUGAAUAAUAAGUGGGGCGGCUAUGAUGUAGUUGGUGGAUGGUUGUUAUGUAUGAAAAGCUUGAUCAUUUGGAACUCUUUUUAAUAAGAAAUUUAUCAGAAUUGCUUUUGUUUUUAGUUAAUAUUUUG